GGGAAAAGUGCGAGCCACAAGAAUAUCCACAAACAUGGCGAUUUUGCAGGAGCUUCUGAAAAUUUCGCUUCCACACCUUCAACACUCCUCUAAUCGCGCAAAACACAAACAAGCAAAACUCCUGCAUUCAUUCGUCUUCUACCAUCAAUCUCAUUUCUCCAUCUUUGAAUUUUUUCUCCCAUUCUCCCGCAUUUUUUUGUUGCAUCGAAUUCAGAUCUGGUACGAUCGUUGCACGAUUGCGACACUUGAAUCGAUGUUCAAUGAGUGUUCCAUUCCGAUUCACGAUUUCAAUCCUUUGAAAAUGUACAUGCCUGGUACUGUUGGACGGUGAUUCCUGAUCAGGCUAGGUUAAUACUCAGGAAAUGGGCAUGCCCGAAAACAUAAUUGUUGGUUCUCACGUUUGGGUUGGAGAUCCAGAAUUAGUUUGGAUUGAUGGGGUAGUACUGAAUAUUAAUGGAGAAGAAGCUGAAAUUCAAACCAGCAAUGGAAACAAGGUAGUUUCCCGUUUGUCAAAAUUACAUCCGAAGGAUACAGACGCUCCUGUAGAUGGAGUUGAUGAUAUGACCAAACUUGCUUAUUUGCAUGAGCCAGGAGUGCUGUAUAAUUUGGAAACUCGAUACAAGAUCAAUGAAAUAUAUACUUAUUCUGGAAAUAUUCUUAUCGCGAUCAAUCCCUUUCAAAAUCUUCCACACCUGUAUGAUGCUAGUGAAAUGAAAAGAUACAAGGGAGAGAAAAUGGGAAGUUUAAGCCCACACGUUUUUGCUAUUGCUGAAGCAGCAUAUAGGGCUAUGAUUACUGAGGAGAAGAGCAACUCUAUUCUGGUUAGUGGUGAGAGUGGUGCUGGUAAGACAGAAACGACCAAAAUGCUUAUGCUUUACUUGGCAUAUUUGGGUGGUCACACUGCAUCGGAAGGACGGACUGUUGAGCAACAAGUUCUAGAAUCAAACCCAGUUCUUGAAGCAUUUGGUAACGCCAAAACAGUUAGAAAUGACAAUUCCAGCCGCUUUGGAAAAUUUGUCGAGAUUCAAUUUGAUAAGUAUGGACGAAUAUCCGGUGCAGCUAUUAGAACUUAUCUGCUUGAGAAGUCUCGUGUUUGCCAAAUCUCAGAUCCGGAGCGUAAUUAUCAUUGUUUCUACCUUCUCUGUGCUUCUCCUCCUGAGGAAAAGGAGAAAUAUAAGUUGGGAGAUCCGAGAUCAUUUCAUUACCUAAAUCAGUCCAGUUGCUAUGAAUUAGCUGGUGUUAAUGCUGCUCAAGAGUAUCUUAGCACCAAAAGAGCCAUGGAUAUUGUGGGAAUCAGUCAAGAGGAACAGGAUGCAAUUUUCAGACUUGUUGCUGCUAUUCUCCAUCUUGGAAACGUUAGAUUUAAAUCAGAAGAAGAUUCAUCAGUUCUAGCAGAUGAAGCCUCCGUGUUCCAUCUCCAAACAACCGCAGAACUUCUAAUGUGUGAUCCUAAUGCUGUGGAAGUUGCACUUUGUAAGCGUGUGAUGAUCACCCCAGAAGAAAUCAUCGAAAGAAGCCUUGAUCCUCUUGCUGCAACAGUUAGCAGGGAUGGUUUGGCAAAGACAUUAUAUUCUCGUUUAUUUGAUUGGUUAGUCCAGAAAAUUAAUCUCUCCAUUGGGCAGGAUCCUAACUCAAAAUGUCUCAUUGGUGUUCUUGACAUAUAUGGCUUUGAGAGCUUUCAAACAAAUAGUUUUGAGCAGUUUUGUAUUAAUUUUACGAAUGAAAAGCUGCAGCAGCACUUCAACCAGCACGUGUUUAAGAUGGAGCAAGAGGAAUACACAAAAGAAGGGAUUGAAUGGAGCUACUUAGAAUUUGUUGAUAAUCAAGAUGUACUAGAUCUCAUUGAAAAGAAACCUGGUGGAGUAGUUGCUCUGCUUGAUGAGGCUUGCAUGUUUCCCAAAUCAACUCAUGAAACAUUUUCUCAAAAGCUUUAUCAGACAUUCAAAGAUCACAAACGCUUCAUCAAACCAAAAUUGGCACGCUCAGACUUCACUAUUGUUCAUUAUGCAGGGGAGGUCAAGUAUCAAUCUGAGCACUUCAUAGACAAAAACAAAGACUAUGUUGUUCCCGAACAUCAAGACAUGCUAAGUACUUCUAAAUGUUCAUUUGUAUCAGGCCUUUUUCCUCCACUCUCAGAGGAGACAGCCAAAUCUGCUAAGUUUUCUUCUAUUGGUUCUCGUUUUAAGCUUCAACUACAACAUUUGAUGGAAGCACUCAAUCUGACAGAGCCCCACUAUAUCAGAUGUGUGAAGCCGAAUAGUCAAUUAAAACCUGGGAUAUUUGAGAAUAUGAACGUCAUGCAUCAGUUACGUUCUGGUGGUGUCCUUGAAGCAGUGAGGAUUAAAUGUGCUGGAUUCCCCACUCACAGGACCUUUCAGGAAUUUUUAACUCGACUAGGCAUUCUUGCUCCAGAGAUUCUUCACGGAAACUUCGAAGAAAUGGAAUCAUGUAAAAAGAUUUUAGAGAAGGUUGGGCUGACAGGUUAUCAGAUAGGAAAAACAAAAAUAUUCCUAAGAGCUGGUCAUAUGGCAGAAUUGGAUGCUCGGAGAGCAUACAUGCUCAGCAGUUCUGCAACAAUUAUCCAAAAGCAGACUAAAACUUAUUUUAGCCGGAAAACAUAUAUUGCACUGCGAAAGUCCUCUAUCUUUGUGCAAUCUAUUUGCAGAGGAGAAGUGGCACGAAGUCAAUAUUAUCACAUGAAGAGGAAAGCAGCUGCCAUCAAAAUUCAAACCAAAUCACGUGGAAGAUUUGCCAGAAAAUGCUACUUUGAAUUAAGGAUUUCUGCUAUUGUCUUACAGACAGGUUUUCGGGCUAUGGCUGCUCGACAUGCUCGUGAUAAAUUGAGAUAUAGAAAGCAAACUGGGGCAUCGACUUUUAUCCAGUCCUAUUGGCGGCGACACAAAGCUCUCGUUGACUAUCAGAGUCUAAAGAAAGAGUUAGUCAUUUCACGAAGUGUUAAUCACUCCAGCGAUGAACAUGAACAGAAGAUUGCGGAGAUAUCACCGGAAAAUGAAAGUCCUUCCAAGGAAAAAUCUUCAAAUUUAUUACAUGAAGAGUCCCCGAGUUCUUUCCAAGAUAAUGAAAGCAUUGAAGCUAUCAGAGUUUUCUCUAAUCCCUUCAGAGACAGUGAAAGCAAUGAAGCUAGUAUGGAUAUCUCUAGUACCCUCCAUGACACUGAAAGCAAUGAAGUUAUUAGGGAUUUAUCUAGUCCCCUCAGAGACACUGAAAGCAAUGAAGCUAUUAGGGAUUUAUCUAGUCCCCUCAGAGACACUGAAAGCAAUGACGGUAUUAAUUUAUCUAGUUCCCUCAGAGACACUGAAAAGAUUGAGGCUCUUUCUGCAGAAAUAAAAAGUUUAAAGGUCAUGUUGAAGGAAGAAAAACAAAAAUCUGAUGAAUAUGAAAGGAAAUAUGUAGAAGCUCAAGGAUCUAGCGAAGAGUUACGCAAAAAGUUAGCCGAAACCGAAAAACGAGUAUAUCAGCUUCAGGACUCAUUGAACAGGAUGAUAUCUUCCAUGUCAAGUCAAGUUGCCGAGCUGAAAACAAUCUUAAGUACUUCAUCAAGGUUGAGUUCAACUUUUCGGCCUAUUGCUAGAGUUGAUGUUGCUUCCAGUAACUCUGAUACUUCAUCUACAGACUCUGAUUUCACAUUUCCUGCCCCCGUUUCAAAUCCAGAACCAGUCUCUUCUGCAGACUCAAACUCUUUUCAACUAGUAGUUCAGGAUAUCACUGCCGGUGAAGAAUCAGGAUCUGAAAGUGAAAAAGAAGGUUCGUUUGAUGAUUUCUUUUAGUAAAAUGUAUGUUUCUUCGAUCUGGCUUAAAUUUUCAUUUCCUCUAGUCUCUGGGGAAACAUCGAAGAAUGACAGAGAAAGGGAUGGAGGUGGAAUUGGAUAAGCACAAUCACUCCUUCUGUUACAUACCCAAGUGAUGGAGGUGGAAUUGGAUAAGCACGAUCACUCCUGUUACAUACCCUUCGUACAAAUUUGUAGAUACAAGUUCAUCUCAGGAGUCUGUAGAUCAGUGAGAUAGAGAUAGCAAUAAGAGUCAACCAAUGAUGAACUUGUUGAUCAGUGUUGCAUCUUGUUGUCAUCCUUCUGAGUAAAAAUCUUACUAGAUUCACUAAAGAAAAACAAAAUCUCCCUAGAUAUCCAAUGACACUAAUUGUGACAAUUUUGUAUAUAACAUAUUUUUACAGUUUAUUCUCCCUUGUUGUAAUGCCAUCUACACGACGCCUCAUCUUGAUAUCAUUUCCAUUUAGACGACAUCGUCUUACUGAGUUGAUUCUUGUCCCUGGAUUUAUAUCGGGAGGACUUAUCAAGCUUUCUUACGCAGUUGCAUGUUUGUCAUUAUAUUGCAGAGCAAUGACAAGAAAAUCAUCUGGUAUGGAUGUAAUGUAUAUGCAUUGGACAAGCACACAUUAAGGAAUUACUUAUCAUUUGAUGUGGUCAAAACAUCGUAAAUAAAAAUGUGUUGUUUAUUAUA